AUGUCCGACGCGAGCUUGCCUCGAAGACAGCCGCCUAGCCCUCUCGUGUUCUCGCCCGAAACCGUUUUGAACCCCAUCCAACCUCAAGCCAGCACCAGCAGCACCUCGAACCAACAUGGCUCCAGCUCAAAUACGGUAUCAAUGCCCUUCGUCAGGCGACAUGUUACACGUCGUCUCAAGGCUGCCAAGGCCGAGUGCGACAAGGAGUUGCAGCGUGUCACAAACUCCAUAACAGCCUUCUUCGAGGAGCGUCUGCGGGAAGGCGAGCACGAACAGGAGGCCGAGCGGGAGCAGCGCGAGUACGACCGCGAGCGAGAUCGCGAGUCGCAGUUUGGCGAUGUCGAGCCUCUCCGCGAGGCGUUCGUCCUUCAACCGCAGGAGCUCAGGUCUGCGCUGCAGUUUGACGAAAUGAGCUCGGAUGGCGGGUACGAGGCGGAGCCUGAGGGUAGUAACUAUCACAGUCGUCAACGUGCGUCUCUCGACGAGGACCGUCCUAAGCAGCCGACGCUGACGCACCGGAUCUCGUCUCCUGGCCUUCUAACAGCAUCUGUCUCGUCCACGAGUCCUGCUUCAUUGCGACGACACCCCACGCUACCGAAGGAACGCCCGAGCAGCAUCAUCGCCCCGAACACGGGAGGCUCAAGUCCCGCGUCGGCAGUCACGACACCACCUCCUGAGGCGGUCAGUCCCCGCAAGCAGGGCGAAUCAUCUCGGUCCGGUCAAUGGGCGGGUCAAAGCCUAGCGUCGCGCCGCCUCUCUCGAACCAUCCACAUUCCAUCUCGCCCCCCUCGUUCCGGUCACAGCUCUCGUUCGACAUCUCGUUCACGGUCACCCCUCCCUCGCUCUACCUAUGCCGAGUCCACCGCAAACUCCAACCGCCGAUCAUCACGCAUAUUGGUCGAUGACCCGGUCGACCCGAUCAUGACGACUCUAUAUGAGAUCGUCGCAGUUGCGACCGACGUGCUCGACAUGUCUAUCAACCAGCUCACGGCAAAUCCGAAGGUGUGCGAGACCCUCGUCCAGCGCAUACAGAACAUCGGUCGAGCCUGGGACGAGCACCCCGAUUGGCACGGGCGAAAUUGGUAUGUCCAGGUUCUCCUCGCGAUCGCCAGCCUGAGCCGGGUCGUCGAGUGGUGGGAGGCCGAGAAGCAGUUCUGGAAUUUCGACGACAACGACGAUGAGCAGGAGGAGCCGCUCACGUUUGUCAUGAAACCCGCCGAGGAGGAGAUGCCCGCAACCGCUCCCACACACGCGGCACGCCCCGAUCAGGAUAAUGCGCUGAAGCUGUCUGCGGAGGAUGAGAACAAGCUUCGGAUGUCGCGCACGACUAGCCAGAACCGGAGAUCAAGGGAUGAGGCUACGAAGGACAUCUCGUCAUCAACCGCGCCCAAGGACGCCGCCGAGCACCCGAAGAGCACGCCCUCUAAGUUCGAUGGCAACAACGAGUCCGCGCGCGUGCUCGCGACGGAGCGUCUGCGUCUGCAGGCGGAGACUGCGCAGAACCAGAACAUCGUCAUGGAGCUAAGUCUCGAUGGGGAUCAUUUCAUUUGGGUGAAUUACGCCUGGCGCGGGGUCGUUGGAAACGACCCCCAAGAGUACUUCGGUACGCGAGUGUCGAAGCUCCUUGCCCCAUCCGACUGGCACGUCUUCCGUGAUGCCACCCGCCGUCUGCAGGAGAACGACUCUCGGACCAUCGAGGUCAAGUUCAAGUUGUUGAUACCCAACCCCGAUGAUCCCUCUCAGCCCAGCGGCCUCUAUCAGCAGAUGGAGGGCAGUGGCAUGCUCAUGAUUGAUCGCGAGGAAGGCCAGGCCACCCACUCUAUGUGGGUUGUCAGACCUGUGGGUUCCCCAGAGUACAUGCAAGCUCCUCCCUCCAUCUUGCUCGAGACCGGUGAGGUAGGUGACGAACCUGGUUCAGCCGAGCCAGCGCAGGUUGGUUUUGGCGACCGUGGCGCUAUGGAACCCGUCACACCCUUCCCCUUCGCGCGCCCGAUCAACAUGACACCCAUCCUCUGUCGCAUUUGCGAGUGUAGCGUUCCUCAGUGGUACUUCGAGAAGCACAACGAGACGUGUAGCGAGGUACACCGUCUCGAGGCCGAGAUCGCGGAGUGCAACGAGUCCAUUGGGGAGCUUCGCAGCACCAUCCGCGACCUCCAGGUCGCGAUGGACCGUAGCUCGCCCAUGACCGUUCCCGAGUACCGCGGGAUGCCCAUUUACACCCCGUCGACGUCGCCGGGCUCCUCGUCGCCAUUGCAGCUCCUGCGUGCGCCGCUGAAGAUGAAGCGCUUCAGCGUCAAGAAGCUGCAGCGCCAGAUCCUCGAGCAGCUCGAGGACAUCCUGUCACUCGCUGCCGAGGUGUCCAUCCCCGCGCUGAAGGAAGAGGAGUCCACGGAGCCAAUCGAGCGCCAGCGUCUCCUGUCACCCGCGUCCGAACGCAAGAUGUCCCAGAUCCGCCACUGGAACAAGCCGAACAUCGAAGACAACGCACUCUCGCAGCUGGUCGAGGACGCGGAGCGCGUCAUGCGCCAGAAGAUCGACAAUGUUGUACGCAUGCAGAACACGAUCAAGUACUCUGAGAAGAUCAGGCAGGAGUGGGAGGAGCGCGUCGAGCAGACCCUCUCUGCGUACGACGGCGAGGAGGGUGACUCGGAUGACUCGGGUGAGAGCGAAGGCGAGGAGGGCCAGGAGGGUCAGAACGACCAGCAUCAGGACGACGACCAUUCGAGUACCACUUCGGAGUACGCGUUCAGCGGUCAGCAAUCUUCGGCGGAUCCAACGCCUGUGGCGUCUGCAUCACCCAUUCCCUUCAACUCGGGUCGCGACACCAGUCGUGACAGCGCAUCGGUGGCCGCGAUGAGCCCCUCGAGUCUUCCGUCAGUAUCGGCGGUACCUGUUCCGAUGUACUGGCAGCCAGUCAGCACCCACCAGACGCGUUCGUCGACACCUUCCUCCAUCUCCUCGCCUUUGGCGCUCGCGGCACCUAUCAUCGCGUCACACGAGCAGCCGCCUCCAAUGGACUUGAACGAGCCCAGCUCUGGCAUGACCAUUCGAGCUCGACGUUCACCUCAGAACCUGGAGCCGAAGCUUCUCAUUACUCCUCCCUUGUCCCCCAUGGUCUCUCCGCAGGACGUGAAUGCGACAGCCACGCGUCGCGCGAACCGCCGGCAUUCAACUGCCCAGCCGCUCAUCAGCCCUACGGCCUCGCAGUCUGGUACACCCCUAUCGCCGCGCUUGCCUUCCGUCGCGCCGUUGUCGCGGACAACCCCGACGUCGAUCAAGGACUUCGAGAUCAUCAAGCCUAUCUCGAAGGGCGCGUUCGGGUCCGUCUUCUUGGCCAAGAAGAAGGCGACUGGCGACUACUUUGCGAUCAAGGUCCUGAAGAAGGCGGACAUGAUCGCGAAGAACCAGAUCACGAACGUCAAGGCGGAGCGGAUGAUCCUCAUGAAGCAGGCGGAGUCCCCGUUCGUGGCGAAGCUGUACUUCACGUUCCAGAGCAAGGAGAAUUUGUACCUCGUCAUGGAGUACCUGAACGGUGGCGACUGCGCGGCCCUCAUCAAGUCGUUGGGUUCCCUUCCCGAGGAGUGGACGCGGAACUACAUCGCUGAGGUCACUCUGGGCUUGGAGUAUUUGCAUCAGCGCGGGAUCGUGCAUCGUGACUUGAAGCCUGACAACCUGCUCAUCGACCAGCAUGGUCAUCUUAAGCUCACUGACUUCGGUCUCAGCCGAAUUGGUCUUCUGGGUCGUCAAACUCGUGCUCCCCAACUGCUCUCUGAUCGCGGUGUGCGUAGUCAUGCUCGCGGUAGCCCCACUUCUAGGCCGCCAUCCAUCGAUUCUGCGUAUAUGGCUUCGUCGCCCAUGUUCUCUGUCGAACUUCAACAGGGAGGAGGUUCGUACUUCAACCACAGGACACCAUCGCUCCCUCGCCUCGGUUCUUCCCCUUAUCUCCCGCUUUCAGAUGACCCUAGCGAAUCGAGUGGCUCUGAGUCUCUGGCUUCGGGUUUCUUGUCAUUCCGUAGGAAUGGCAACACCAAGCAGCUCUCGGAUAGUCCUCUGCAAUCCUUCGCAACCGAACUCACGAACGAUCUCCGUUCGCAUCCUCCCCCUGGCCACACGCCGCUCACGGAGCAGAAGGUAGUGGGCACCCCGGACUACCUCGCGCCUGAGACUAUUCUCGGUCUGCGCGGUGACGACGCAGCCGUCGAUUGGUGGGCGCUCGGCGUCAUCACAUACGAGUUCUUGUACGGUAUCCCGCCCUUCCACGACGAGACCCCCGAGAAGGUAUUCGAGAACAUUCUGUCCGGGCACAUCGAGUGGCACGAGGACUACGUCGAGGUCUCGCCGGAGGCGAAGGACUUCAUGCAGCGGCUGAUGACCCUCGAUCCGACGAAGCGUCUGGGCGCGAACGGUGCGGACGAGGUCAGGGCGCACCCGUUCUUCGCCGGCAUUGACUGGGACCAGGUCACCGUAACCGAGGCCGCGUUCAUCCCGCAGGUCACUGACCCCGAGUCGACAGACUACUUUGACCCGCGCGGCGCCGUGCUGCAGCUGUUUAGCGACAGCGAACAGGCCCCACUCACACAGCAUUUCGGUUCGGACAGCCCCGCACAGGGCAGCCCAGACGUGCCCGCGAGUGUGCCCCUUGCGGUCUCGCGGGAGGCCACUGCGUCGCCGUCGGACGACGACUUCGGGUCGUUCAGCUUCAAGAAUCUGCCGGUGCUCAAGCAGGCGAAUGAGGACAUGAUCCGGAAGAUGAAGACGGAUCAGCUCACGCCGCUCACCCAUGCGCUCUCGGAGCCGUCGAACAUGCACUCGAGACGACGGAGUAUCUCGAACAGGGUGAAGAAGCCGCCGGGGAGCAUCGUCACCCCUGUCGAUACUACGAAACCUCCUUUCCCCAUUCCCACCAACCCGCCUUCUCCAGCUACUUCCACUUCGUCGAUAUCCUCUUCGGUCUCGCGCGGCCCUCCAACGCCCGGCAGCGCAGGCAGCCAUGCACGGAAACCCUCAGAGUACGGCGCUGUCGAGCGUUUCAAGCUCAAUCACAUGGAGGGCGAGGGGCGUCGCAACUCUAUGCCUAGUCGCCUCCGGACAGCUUCAGUCUCCACCACAGGGGACGGGUCGCUAUCGGACUCGUGGACGGGUGCAGUGCCUCAAGCGCCAGGCCAGUUCGAGCUCAAUACGCCACCGUCGUCCGUGGCCUCGAUCGACCUGAAGAGGGCGCCCGACCCCAACGACCGCGCAGUCACUUGUCUCCUGGCAGAGGACAACCCCAUCACGGCGAAGAUCAUCGAGACACUGCUCAUCCGUCUUGGCUGUCGAUGUGUGGUCGUUGCUGACGGCUCAGAGGCCAUCAGUGUAGCCAUGGGCGACAUAAAGUUCGACUGUAUCCUCAUGGAUCUGCACAUGCCAAUUCUUGAUGGCGAAGGCGCCGCACGGUAUAUCAAAACCACCAACAACAAGAACACGAACACGCCUAUACUUGCUGUUAGUGCAUACAGCGGCUCCGACGCGAUGGGGGCGGACGGUCUCUUCGCCUCAUACAUCGCGAAGCCCGUGCAAAAGGCCGACCUGGUCGCCGCGAUGCGUCAACUGGGGUUCAAGACGACCACCGCACAAGGGCGCGGGCAGGGUACACGGGUGAUCCAGACUUCCAUUCGGUGA